AUGGUGGUCCACCUGGACGUGAUAAGCAAAGCCAGCAUCUAUUACUUUCGACUGAUUAAUAAUGCUGCUAGUGUGCUCUGUAUUGUCUGUGCUGUCAGGCUUUUUUUUUUCUAUCUUAUACGUUUCUUGUCCUUGAUUCCUUUUCCCUUCUACUCCUUUAUUUUCAAGCUAAUAAAAGUCCGACCCGCAUUAACCAUCUUCAUUCAUUCCUUUUCUUUUUCUCACUUUUUUCAUUGUUCCCCACCAACCUCUCUCUCUCUCUGCAAUUCUUUCUUUCCUACCAACUACUUAAAUCCCGUUCAACAUUACUUUUUUCCGCGCCUUUCUCUCUCUUUCAAGAACCCACUCUCGCUUUACGCGCUCUCUCUCUUUCUCGCUCGCUUUCUCACUCUCGCUUUACUCUCUCGCUCGCUUUCUCACUCUCGCUUUACUCUCUCUCGCUCGCUUUCUCACUCUCGCUUUACUCUCUCUCUUUCUCGCUCGCUUUCUCACUCUCGCUUUACUCUCUCUCUUUCACGCUCCUUUCUCCUCUCUUUCUCUCUCUCUUUCACGCUCCUUUCUCACUCUCCUUUACUCUCUCUCUUUCUCGCUCCUUUCUCCUCUCCUUUACUCUCUCUCUUUCUCGCUCCUUUCUCUCUCUCGCUUUACGCCUCUCACUUUCUCGCUCGCUUUCCCACUCUCGCUUUACGCUCGCUUUCUCUCUCUCCCUCUCGCUUUCUCUCUCUCGCGCGCGCUUUCUCUCUCUCGCGCGCGCUUUCUCUCUCUCCCUCUCGCUUUCUCUCUCUCGCGCGCGCUUUACGCUCUUUCUCUCACUUUCUCACAAUCUCUCGCUUUACACAAUCAUCUUACCUUUUCUUUGUUUUUCCUUUUCUUUUUUUAAUUCUUUUUUCUUUCAUACCUACUAUCCGCCAUUUUUUUCACUUUCUCAUCACAUUUUUUUUCUUUUUUCAUUUGUCUUUCUCGUUCCUUUUUUUUCUUCUUCUCACUAUCUCUUUCUCGUUCCUUUUUUUUUUUUCUUCUCGCUAUCUCUUUUCGUUUUUUUUUUUCUUCUCGCUAUCUCUUUCUCGUUCCUUUUUUUUUUUUUCGCUAUCUUUUCUCGUUCCUUUUUCUUUUUUCUUCUCGCUUUCUUUUCUCGUUCCUUUUCUUUUUCUUUCGCUAUCUUUUUCUCGUUCCUUUUUUUUUUUCUUCUCGCUAUCUCUUUCUCGUUCCUUCCUUUUUCUCUUUUCGUUCUUUUUCUUUUUCUUCUCGCUAUAUCUCUUUCUCGUUCCUUUUCUUUUUUUCUCGCUAUUCUUUCUCGUUCCUUUUUCUUUUCUUCUCGCUAUCUCUUUUCGUUCCUUUUUCUUUUUUCUUCUCGCUAUCUCUUUUCUCGUUCCUUUUUCUUUUUCUUCUCGCUAUCUCUUUCUCGUUCCUUUUUCUUUUUCUUCUCGCUAUCUCUUUCUCGUUCCUUUUUCUUUUUCUUCUCGCUAUCUCUUUCUCGUUCCUUUUUCUUUUUCUUCUCGCUAUCUCUUUCUCGUUCCUUUUUCUUUUUCUUCUCGCUAUCUCUUUCUCGUUCCUUUUUCUUCUUGGCUAUCUCUUUCUCGUUCCUUUUCUUUUUUUUUCAUCUCUUUCUCGUUCCUUUUUUUUUUAUUAUCUUUCUCAUUUUUUCUUUUUUUCCUUUAUUUUUCUCGUUCCUUUUUCUUUUUUUUCUUAUCUAUUUUGGAUUCAAUUUUCAUUACCCUUUUUUUUCCAUUUCAUCUUUUUGCAUUUUUUUCUUUUUCCCCUUUCUUAAUUGCUCUUUACUUUUUUUCCAUCUCUCUCUCUCUCCCCCCAAUGCCUUUAUUUGCUUUGCUCUUUUAUGAAGUUGUAUUACAUGCCUGUCAGGAAGCUGAUUUAUGUUCGUAUCUUCUUCUUCUUCCUAUUCUUCUUUUUAUUUUAUUCCUUUUUUCUUUUCUUUUUCCUUACACUUUCUUCUCUUUAAUUCUUCUUCUCUUUAAUUCUUCUCUUUUCUUCUUCUUCUCUUUAAUUCUUCUCUUUUCUUCUUCUUCUCUUUACUUCUUCUUCUCUUUUCUUCUUCUUCUCUUUACUUCUUCUUCUCUUUACUUCUUCUUCUCUUUACUUCUUCUUCUUCUCUUUACUUCUUCUUCUUCUCUUUACUUCUUCUUCUUCUCUUUACUUCUUCUUCUUCUUCUCCUUUUCUUUACUCCUUCUCUUUACUUCUUCUCCUUCUCUUUACUUCUUCUCCUUCUCUUUACUUCUUCUCCUUCUCUUUACUUCUUCUCCUUCUCUUUACUUCUUCUCCUUCUCUUUACUUCUUCUCCUUCUCUUUACUUCUCCUUACUAUUUCUUCCUUUUACUUGUCUUUUUGUUCCCUUACAUUUUCUUCCUUUUACUUCUUUUCUUGUUUUUCUUGUAUUCACACCAAGUGCAACUGAUGACUUACAUUGGAAUUAA